AAUGAGAUCCCAAACGACUCCGGUCGAUGUUGGCUUGACCUCUCUCACGUUACAAGAUGUUCCUGUCGACCUCAACCUUAGAUUCUUAGCGCGCCCCAACACUUAAAAGGCUCAACAGACUCACCUUAAACUUCAUAACCAGCCUGCCUCUUUUUCAUCUGACCUUCUACGGAUUCAUCUUAAUCUCAUUUACUCCCCGUCGGUAGUUAAAAAUGAACCCAGUCCCUCUCAUUAAUCACCCUUGCACCGUGUGUUGCAGGCCCACUUCCAUGUGGUGCAGCCGCUGCCAAUCCGCGUGGUAUUGCACUCCCGAGCACCUUCAAAGCGAUUGGCCACGCCAUCGUAAGGAAUGUGUUCCGGCAACUCACGCCCAAAAUUAUAAUAUCAUUGCCACUCCACCACCUGCAGAGCAGCAAGUGAUCAUGGUUUCUGCCAUCCUCUUCUCUCCCGAAGAAGAGCGUCCAAGGAUCAUUACAGUCAAAUGCCGUCCGUCCCAAGUCCCGUCCCAGGGAAUGUGUCCCCAACCUCUCGUCAGCGGACAUUUCCCGGACGGCCAAGCAGAAAGCAUUGUCUUAACCCAAGGCUUGAACGGGGAACCGCUCAGAUUUCCCCUUCAUCUGUGGUACUCUCCGACUGCCCUGUCGCGUUGCGCGCCCAUUAAUCGUGCUAUCUAUCACAUCACCUCCGGUGCCGCCGCUAAAGCUUGGUGCGGCACGGUUGUCGUCCUGAAGUUCAAUGGGUCUCGGCGUCAGGGUUACUCUGAUGCAGGGUCGAAUGAUCUUCCUGCGCUCUCGGCCUAUUUCUUGGCCUAUAAGUAAACGCAUAAAGCGUUGUGCUGCUAAUGUGCUUAAAAGUAGGAUAUCAGUCACAUCACCUGGAGAUAGCAAACGCUUCUCUCUGGCCUUUUCCUUGCAGAGCAUAAGCUCGCUAUCCUAUAUUAUCGCAUAUAUAUAUAUGUAUCGUUUCGCGUUCGUUUUAUUGAUUGUCACCUGUAGCUUUCAAAGUGUUUUGUUUCGUUAUCCUAGUGCCUCGUAAUGUAUAUUUCAAUAAAAUAGAUGUGCGGUUGUUUGC